AUUGUAGCAGAAUUGCAGUGCACUGGACUGUACAGAACUGGGUAGCAUCCACACUGUCUAUGAGGGUGCGGUCCGGCUGCACUGAAAGCAACAACACAGGCAGAUAGAGAGAGAGAGAGAGAGAAGGAAUAAGAAAGAAGAGGAGGGCGAGAUAUCACCACAAGAGGAAUUCAGCAAGGGAUGAAAGGAGACACCCCUGUGAACAGCACCAUGAGCGUCGGUCAGGCUAGGAAGCUGGUGGAACAGCUGAAGAUUGAAGCCAGUUUUUGUCGAAUCAAGGUGUCUAAAGCAGCGGCAGACUUGAUGGCCUACUGUGAUGCCCAUGCAUGCGAGGACCCUCUCAUCACCCCUGUGCCCACUUCAGAAAACCCGUUCAGGGAGAAAAAGUUCUUCUGUGCUCUCCUCUGAGCAGGACACAGGAAGGGCAGGAUUAGUCUCAUUUAAAUAAUAAUGAUCAUUUGUGUACGCACAUCACACAACACAACACUCGACGAGACACGACACAGCAAAAUAAAUCCCAAAUUAAGGUUCAAUAAAUUCAAUGUGGUUUUUAAAUUUCAGCAACUGACAGUGACAAAUAUUUACAAAAUCAUGUUCUUGAAGAUAUUUUUAUUCUUCUGUUUUUUUGAGAAACCCUGUUCCUUUCAAGGGGACAAAAUAACAUAAAGAUCAAUGCAAAUUGAUCAGAUCAAAUGACACACUGAUACACACAUAUGCAAGCACACAGUUUUUUAAUCAAGCAAAAGGAAAUAGGUGUGGGUCUGGAUAUUUCAAUUAUUUAAAAUUUUAUUAUAUUCGAAACAUUUGUUGAGUUCUUCACAUAGCAUACUAUGGUGAUUAACAAAUUCUGUAUGUAUAUUUUGAUUUUUUUAAUGUUUUGUUUGAGCUGGCAAUGUAUACUGGUAGACAUUUCUGGUUAAAGGGUUAGUUCACCUAAAAAUGAAAAUUCUGUCAUUAAUUACUCACCCUCAUGUCAUUCUACACCCGUAAGACUCUCUGACUCCUCCAUAAAUAGCAAUUUAACCACCACUUUCAAUGUAUAAUUCUCCUACGCUGUUUACGUUCAGCUUUUCCAGGAAUGACACAGAAGAGAAGAAAUUGUUGAAUAAAGUCAUUAUGUUUGUUUUGCUGCAAAAAAGUAUUUUCAUCACUUCAUAACAUUAAGGUUGAACCACUGUAGUCACGUGGACUAUAUUAACAAUGUCUUUAGUACCUUUCUGGGCCUUGAAAAUGGUAGUUAAAUUGCUGUCUAUGGAGGAGACCGAGAGCUCUCAGAUUUCAUAAAAAUAUCUUCAUUUGUGUUCCGAAGAUGAACGAAGGUCUUACGGGUGUGGAACGGCAUGAGGGUGAGUGAUUAACGACAGAAUUUUCAUUUUUGGGUGAACUAACCCUGUAAUUGGUAGAACUUUUAAAGUUUAGAUCAUUGUGAGAAAGUGCGGAUGCGAAUACCUACACAAUAAUACCACCAGUACAUAGCACUCCUAAAGGGGUUUGUAAAAUGAUAUUUAUGCCCUAAAAACAAUUGAAUUUUUCCUGGCCACUUAAACAAGUGGUAUCUAGUCUCUAAGAGUUGGAAAUUAGCUCAAAAGAUGAACUGUUGAAGAAAAAUGUCAAGAGAACAUCUGUCAAAAACUUGUGAUAAUGAAUUAAAAUACUGCAGAAUCCAAUGAGGGAAUGAAUAAAACUUUUAAACACAUCA